AUGAGGUCGGCUUCUAUUAGGGAAGAAUUGGAAGCAAUUACAAGUUCUUAUGAUUAUGGCAUUGUCCCGGGAUCCGCCACAGCCUUCCAUCUUGACGAAGCCAUGGGGUUUGGUCGAGUGGAUCUCACGUUGCUAGAAGGUGUCAUGGUGAUUAUUGAAGUGAACCAACAAGGCUACAAGGUGGUCUCACAAUCAGCCCUCUUUUGUGGACCGGCAGCUGAACAAGCGACCAAAACAAUCGAAGGAUACAUGGAUCACCCCUUUGAGACCGUGGAAAAUCUAUUGAUGUCCAUAUCCCCCUUGUUUGCUGAAAGGUUUCGACAAGUGCUCUGCCAAAAACUUGACAAUAUCAACAACCAAUCUGCCCCAUCAUCCACUCCAGCACAAUCGGAAGACCUAACAGCAUCAACAACCUUCCAUAAUUUCGAUCCCGUGCUACCACCACAACCAUCAUCAUCAUCAGCACAACCGCCAACACCACAACAACAAGACCUAUACCCCACAUCACAUUCGUUUCUGCAUCAACCUCCAACCAUGUUUGAAUAA